GAUAGAUGGCGGUGUUGAGUUCGCAGCAUAGUAGCUAGAGGUUCGCAGUGACAGCGCACAGGCGCAGUGAGAAGUUCACGCAUAGAUGAACGUGCGAAUAGUCUCUUCCAAUCAAAAAUGUAAACAUUAGAAGAAAAGGUUUUUGCUAAGAAUAAGAUGGUGCAGGAAGUAGAAUGCUUUUUUGGUGUCUAUCUUUUAAAAAAUGAGAACCCAAAGUACAAGGGGCGCACAUACAUCGGGUAUACAGUUAAUCCAAGUAGAAGAAUUCAACAACACAACAAAGGGUCAAAAUUUGGAGGAGCAAGAAGGACAAGUGGUAAAGGACCAUGGCAAAUGGUUUUAAUAAUCCAUGGGUUUCCAAAUGACGUUUCAGCAUUGAGAUUUGAGUGGUCCUGGCAGCACCCAAAAUCUUCACGCCGAUUGAAAACACUUAGUGGAAAAUCGUCCAAAGAGAGCCAAUUUAAUUAUCGAUUUCGCAUAUUGAGUAAUAUGCUUAGAACAGCGCCAUGGUCUCGUCUACCGUUGACAGUUCGUUGGCUAAAACAAGAAUAUCAAGUAGACUUUGCAGAUAAUUUGCAGCCUCCUGCACAUAUGCCAAUGGCAUAUGGCUUAGUCAAGAGUAUCAAAGUAGCUAAGAGUCCAAAGAAAAAAGGCAAAGGUGACUCAGAUGCAGCAAAGGGAGACAAACAUGAAGAAGUAGAUACAUUAUCUCAGUCCAGUCAAUCAAUCAAUAAGUGCAGAUGUCAAGUGUGUGUCAAACGAAUUCAGCCUACAGAUAAUGUAAUGUCGUGCCUAUACCCCAGAUGCUCAAUGGUAGCACAUGUGAUUUGCAUUGCAAAUGUAUUUCUCCGCAAUACAGAUGAGCUGUUACCUGUACAGGGUACCUGUCCUUUGUGCAGGCAGCAGCUUCUUUGGGGAGAUUUGGUGAGAAAAAAGAAUGGAUGCUAUGAAGAAAUGGAAAACAUGACAGAGGAUGUAUGGGAUGGCCACUGGUCUCAAGCUCUUCAAACAUAACAGUAUUCAGCUUUCGCAUUAAAUUUAAAUGUUUACAACUGCUGAUAAUGUAAAUUAAGUGGUGUUGCAAUUUGCCGAUUGAAGAUGAUUGCCUUCUAAUCCCAUGGUCCUGGGUUUCAUUCCUGUCAGUGUUGAAGGAUAUUUUAUAACUCCAAAUCCUAAAGCUUAAUAAUCCGACUUUAGUCUUGAGGAAGGGAGUGCUACCUACUGUAAUAAAUAGGGCAGCAAUUAAGCUUGCUAUUGGUAAUUAUUUAUAUUUCGGAUUUUAUUGUAAAACAUUUUCAGCAAUUGGCUGCUGUUUUGUAUUUGUUGUACAGUAUACUGAAAUAAAUUAAAAAAAAAAAAAUUAUUGGCCCAUGUGCCUACAAUAAGAAUUAAUGGAUGUACAGUAAAUACAAUAAAGAAAUAAAUUAAAUCAGACAUAUUUA